AAGAAGCAGCUGUGUGUACAUACAGUAGCUGUAUACAGUACAUCAGGGCCUGUCAGCCAGGCAGAGCUGCUGUGUGUGCGGCGAUGGGGAGGAAAUAAAGCGGCUCUUCUACAUGUCACCGACGCGGAAAGGUAAUCUAAGAAAAUGGAGGGAGGAAACUUUGGUUACUCCCGAGACUAUCUUGAUCGCUUCAUCCAAAGCCAAGACUCAUCUGUGGUAAACAAGUUCCAGCAGAAAUACUGGAAAACCAAGCAGACUCUCAUCAAGGUCACCGGGAAGAAGGAGGACGAGCAUGUGGUCGCCUCAGACGCAGAUCUGGAUGCCAAGCUGGAGGUCUUCCACUCGAUUCAGAGAACAUGCAUGGAGCUGCUGAAGGUCAUUGAGCAGUAUCAGAGGAGGAUCUGCCUCCUUUCACAAGAAGAGAACGAGCUGGGUCGUUUCCUGCGCUCCCAGGGCUCUCAGGAUAAAACCAGAGCUGGAAAGAUCAUGCAAGCCACAGGAAAAGCUCUCUGCUUCUCAUCACAGCAGAGAUUGGCUCUGAGGAACCCGCUGUGCCGUUUGUACCAGGAGGUGGAAACGUUUCGUUAUCGUGCCAUCUCAGACACGUGGCUGACAGUGAAUCGAAUGGAGCAGUCAAGGACUGAGUACCGUGGAGCGCUGCUUUGGAUGAAGGACGUAUCUCAGGAGCUCGACCCAGAUACGCAUAAACAGAUGGAGAAAUUCAGAAAGGUUCAGGCUCAGGUGCGCACAACCAAAACGAGCUUUGACAAACUGAAGAAUGACGUCUGCCAGAAAGUGGACUUGUUGGGAGCGAGCCGCUGCAACCUCCUCUCUCACGUCUUAACCACAUAUCAGACAACACUUUUGCACUUCUGGGAGAAAACAUCCCACACCAUGGCAGCCAUCCAUGAGAGCUUCAAGGGCUGUCAGCAUUAUGAGUUCUCUACAAUUAAGACUUUACAAGACCCUGUGGACAAACUGGCUAAAAAGAAGGGUAAAAAUAAAGCCAAGGCAGAAACGGAAGAAGCAAAGAAAGAAGAAACCACAGAUGACCAACUCAUCUCUCUUGUAAAUGAAAACACCAGCGACAAGGCGAGAGAAGAGUCGGAGGGAGAGGAGACGGACAGCAUGGCCUUACUGAAUGAGAUCCUGGGAGGUUUGUCUGUGGAUGAGGGGGAUUUUUCUCAGGAGUGGACAGAAGUGUUUGGAGAGACUGAGGAAGGAACAAGUACUGCAUCCACCAGACCAACAGAGACCCAGGACAAGGAAAACUCCUUCUUUCUACCAUCACAGCUUUUGGACCAGAGUUUGAAUAAUCUGCAGUCUUCCAACUCAGAUUGGGCCCCACAUUCUGCCACUCAGGCAACUGAGCACUCAUCUGAAGCCAAUCAAAGCACUCCAAAGACAGCAGAGAGAGAGGCAGAAGGGACAUCCAAAGAUCUCUCAGCGUGGUUCAACCUGUUUGCCGACUUGGACCCCCUCUCCAAUCCCGAUGCGAUUGGCAAAACCAACACAGAGCACGAACUUCACAAUGCAUAGUUGUUCUUCUGCAUCACAUUUUAUCCUUGUAAGGGGUACAGUAAAAUAAGGCUUCCACCAUGAAUUAAAACAAAACAAACAAACAAAAAAAAAACCCCAAACAAAACAAGUCUGAUCUGACUUGCAGAGGCCUCAUGCAAGAAUAAUUUGUGCAGUUUCAUAUUUUCUUUCUAAAGUGGAACAUGACAGGGUGUCUCAGGUAGACAGGCAGAUUGUCUAGUUUCCUUAAUAUGAAUUAGUAACCAUUUAAAAAAAUAUUUAACAAAAAUUAACUUCACUAAUUCUGUGUCAUCACUUGCAAAUUUACCAUGUUUCCUGGUUGCAUGCAUCGGCAUAUUAUGACUAAGUAGUUGAUAAGUUCAGUUUACUGAGAAAGCUCACUCCAAAAGCUGACUCAAGGCGUCCACAGUCAUUUACUGGUGAAUAGUCUGUGAUGACAGGCUGCUGACAAAUAUAGUAGUAAUAUUUUGUACGCCUAAAUAACAUUUUGGGGUUUUUCCAUGGAAAAUAAAAGCCAUCCGCACAAUGAGCAUGACAGACAGCCCAUUUUGGAGCCACGCAAGAGGUGUCUUCAACUUAAUCUUAGAAGGAAAUACGACAAGAGACUGAUUUAGAAGAACACCACAAAUGUUCUUGCAUAAUGCCCAGUGUCAUAACUGAACAACUAAAAGAGGAUAUGUAUGAUUAUAACUUCAGGAAGAUGAGGUU